UCACCUCGUUUAGGAUUCAUGCCAUCAAGCAUUUCUAUCAAGUUGUGCAAUAGAGAGCAGUGUCAUUGAUGGCCUCCAAGGCUGAGAUGGAAGUGGAGGUGAAGUCUUCUGCAGACAAGUUUUGGGGAGCUUUAAGGGACUCCACAGAUCUCUUCCCCAAGAUCUUCCCUGAGCAGUACAAGAGCAUCGAGAUCGUCGAGGGUGAUGGAAAGAGUGCCGGCUCCAUCAGGCUUCUGAAAUAUACUGAAGGGUUUCCAAUUCUCACGUUCUCCAAGGAGAGGAUCGAGGUGGCAGACGAUGCAAACAAGCAGGUCUCAUAUAGCGUGAUAGAUGGGGAGCUAGUGAGCUUCUACAAACCCUUCAAGGCAUCUCUUCAAGUGGUUCCAAAGGGUGAAGGUGGACUGGUGAAGUGGUGCCUUGAGUACGAGAAAGUAAAUGAAGAGUUCCCUCAGCCGGACAUCAUCCAGGAGACAGCAGCUCAGACCUUCAAAGACUUGGACGCUUACCUCCUCCAGAACUGAAAUGUCCGAGUUUAGCUAUUUGAUGUGUUGGCUGUGUUGGAAAAAGAGUGAACGUAGUUGGGACGUCUUUAUGAUACCAUGACUUGUUGAACGCUCUUGUAGCUUAUGGGUAGUUGGUGGUAGCCGUGCUUCUCUCUAUACGGUUAACAUCAAUGAAUUAUCUGUCGCUUUUUUCUUAUUAAAUAUCAGCAACCAAACUUUGGAUUCCUGCC